GCAGCAGCGGGAAACAGCUGAUCGAACAGGAGGAAGAUUUGGCGCUAGAUUGAAGACAUUACACUCCUCUGUGAACAGCCUGCAGGAUCCACAUCAGAAGAAGAAGAAGAGAGUCUGAAGGACCAGAGAGCUCAGAGAAACCCUCUAACUCUCAGCUGAGGACACUUCUCUUCACCUUCACCAAGAUCACAGUCAUCAUGCCGAGCACGCGCUCUAAGGGUCAGUCUCAGCCCACGCUGUCAUACCCUCGCCGCAAAUCCUGCAGGGUUUCCUCCUGCCCCAAAGAGUCCCAGCUGGACACAUCUCCAGCUCCCUCGCCGUCUAAGCUCCAACCCAAACACCUCUCCCCGGCCCUGACCCGGAUCACGCCGCUCUCCCCGAGACGACCCGUCGACAGGCCGACCCUGCUGUCACCGAAACUCCGGGUAGCUCAACAGCAGCUCCCCCCCUCGUCUCCGGGCCUCAUGACACGGCUUCCACUCAGCCCGAGGAAACGCACAGGCGAUGAUAACGGCUGUAACCUCGGCCCGGCUCUCCUGGGAUCACCUCCCAAACAGAGCAAGUCUUCCCUGGCCUCGCCCCGAAAACUCGCCUUCGAUGAGAACUCUCCCGCCUCAGCUCGUCGAAAGCUGGUCCCUCUCUCGCCCGCUGCCAAGUCGUCCCCGAGGAGGCAGGAGACGCCUGUUGGAAGCCCGACGCGUCUCCACUCUGAGAAGAAGCUGCCAGUGGCUCGCCUCUUUGCAGAAAAGUCGAGGUUUCUGAGCGUGAAGCAGGCGCUCCACACCGCCGUCCCUGAGCGCCUCCUGUCCAGGGAGGCGGAGCGGGCGUCCAUUAAGUCCUUCCUGGAGGAGAAGGUGCUGCAGCGUCUCCCGGGCAGCAUCUACAUCUCAGGAGCUCCGGGCACCGGCAAGACGGCCUGCUUCAACUGUGUGCUGCAGGAGAUGAAGGCCGAGCUAACGUCCGUUCAGACCGUGGUGGUGAACUGUAUGACUCUCAGGAGCUCACACGCCAUCUUCCCUCUGCUGGCCGACAAGCUGAAAGCACCAGGCGGGCAGAACGGACUGAAGAAGUUCCUGACAGCCCCAGGGCCCGCUGUGCUGCUGGUUCUGGAUGAGAUGGAUCAGCUGGACAGCAAAGCUCAGGACGUCCUCUACACCAUCUUUGAGUGGCCGUACCUUCCCAAGUCUCGCCUCUGUCUCGUCGGUAUCGCCAACGCUCUGGAUCUCACAGACCGCAUCCUCCCCAGACUUCAAGCUCGCCCUCACUGUCGCCCCCUGCUGUUACACUUCCCUCCUUACAGCCGGCAGGAGCUCGCCGCCAUCGUGCAGGACAGGCUCGCACAGGCGUCGGCUGAAGGGAUCCUCGACGCCUCGGCGGUUCAGUUUUGCGCCCGGAAAGUGUCUGCGGUGUCUGGGGACGCUAGGAAGGCUCUGGACAUCUGCAGGAGAGCCGUGGAGGUCGUGGAGUCUGACGAGAGAAAGAAAGCAUCAGACCCAAACUCUGAAGAGAAAGGUGAGCGUCACUGCGUCUCCUCACAGUCCGUUUCCUCCGACUCGACACAUCAGACUAACUUCUUCUUCUUUCCUCCUGCAGCCACGCGGGUCAGCCUCCCUCAGGUGGCACGGGUACUGUCGGAGGUUUACGGGGACCGGAUGGCGUCUCAGAGCGGCGGCACGGACGGAGAGAGUUUCCCCCUGCAGCAGAAGCUCCUGGUCUGCUGCCUGCUGCUGCUCAUACGCAACGGGAAGAGCAAAGAGGUCGUCCUCGGGAAGCUCCAUGAGGUGUACAGCCGUCUGUGCGCUCAGAGGCAGGUGUCUGCGGUCGGGCAGGGCGAGUGUUUGUCUCUGUGCAGUCUGCUGGAGAGUCGAGGAAUCAUCGCUCUGAAGAAAGGGAAAGAGGCUCGACUCACCAAGGUGUUUCUGAAAAUCGAGGAGAAAGACGUUGAAAACGCUCUGAAGGACCGGACCCUGCUGGGCAGCAUCCUCUCUGCAGGACUCCCCUCAUGAUCCCUUAUUUAUUAUUUUUAUCAGAUUUUUAUUUUGAACACAGAAACCAGGAUCUCCUCUGGUUGGUUCCUUUUUAUUCUCGUUUUUGCUGAGAAUCUGUACAGACUUUUACAAAGGUGGUUUUUGUUUUCCUCGUUCUGACGGGGACCAUGAGUUUUUGAGGAAUGUUGAGUCUUCUCGUCAGAAAUGAACGACAGCUUCUGUUUCACUUUGGAUUUGAACUGUUUCCAUUUUCUGCUGUAAAUAAACAUUUCAUGUACAGAAUUUAAA